AUGUUUUUGCAAAUCGGGUUUAUUUUUCAACUAAACCGGGCAUUAAAAAAAUUGCACAAAAUAUAUAAAAUAAAAAUAAUAUACCGCAUUAUAAAGCUCGUUGCAAAGCGUUUCCGCAAAAAACUUUAUAGCAAUACGAUAAACGAACGGAAAAUUAGCAAUUCAACGCUUGCUAUUAAAGCCCAAUUUUUUAAUACAAAGCCAAAUUAUAUCGCUUUUAAUACCAAAUUUGCUGUAAAGCACGGAAUUAAAGCAGCUAAAGCAAAUUGUUAUUUAAUUAACACCUUUUUUACCGCGUUUACGAACAUUGGGACCAUUACGGCCAUUGCGGGGAGCGGCACGCUUUUUUUUGCAACCGAUAGGAAUGGUUGGAACGGCCGGAGCGGGCGCGGGCAAACUUUUAAGCAUAAAUUGUAA